AUGACUACGGAAUCAACAAUCAUCACAGAACACGCGCCAACAGCAAAGCGUCAAAAACCCACCUCCGGCCACGCAACUCGUCAACGCGUCAAGUCCUAUGUCGAGCUUAAAAACCCAGUCGACCCGGCCACAGGCCUCUCACAGUGUUUCCGCAAAGUCACCACCACCAUGUACGUCUCACUCGCGCCCAUGUACUCUCUCAACCCAGUCUACGGUAUCAAGUCACAGCACCUGGACCCACUGCUCAUGACCUGGUACGCACCAGUUGGCGGUGUUGUUCUUGCAUACAACUCGCUGCAGCUGCUGGGCCAAGACGAGGGUGAGUAUCGGGCGCGCAAGAAGGCAGCGGCUGCACAAAACUCUGGUGACGAUGCCAAAGACAACAACGACGAAAUACUGCUGCCCGUCGGGAAAAUUGUCCACGAAAGUCCCUACGCAUUCCUGUGGAUCGCUGUCGACUUGCUCAUCUGGAAACCUCAGCAAGGCGAUGUUGUCCAGGGCGUCAUCAACCUACAGGCCCCCUCCCAUUUGUCGCUGCUUGUCAACGACGUUUUCCAUGCAAGCAUUCGCCGCGACAGCAUCCCAGAAGACUGGGAGUUUGUUUAUUUUGAAGCCGAUGAAACUUACUAUGACGCCAAUGACGAGACUGCCAAUGCAGUUGAUGCAGCCGUUGAUAGCAUUGAAAAGGAACAAGAGCAAAAGAACCAAGCCAAGGAUGGUGCAGAAACUGGAGAAGAAAGCGCAGAUAGCAAAGAAAAGGCAUCCGAUGCAAACAAACUGGCUGGUGCAUCAAAAUCUUUGGGCUACUGGGUUGACGGUAACGGAGACAAAGUUUACGAGGUUGUCAACUUCUCCAUCAAGCGCGUUCUUGUUUCUGGGCGAUUAAUAUCCGUGCAGGGCACUCUGCGUGACAGCAACAGCACAUACAGCAAGACUGUUUCUGAUGGUUCCAAUUCUUCAUUUUCUUCUUCGACCGCCUCUGUCUCCACAGAUAUUAAAAAACCAAAAAAGAUUGUAUUUGGAGAUGAUGACAUGCCUAAGCCCACCAAAAAGGUGUUCACCGAUGAUGACACAGAGAUGAACAACCUCUCGGAACGUAUCAAUAAGGAAAUCGAGGCAACGGGUGCCGCUUCUUUGGAUCCGGCAACAGAGGUCCUUGCUGCUGCACCGGCAUCUGGGUUGCCCAAGGACAAUGGUGAUGAUGAGGACGACGAUGAUGCAGCAGCGCCAAAAUAUGCCGAGGACUCUGAUAGCGACAAUGACUCGGAUUAA